ACAGAUGAUCUUGGAGUAGUUCCCAACCAAAGACGACGGUUCCACGGUGUUCCACCUCAAUCAAAUCCCACAGCCUCACUCUCCGGCGGUCGGCGGACCAUCAAAACCGCCGGCGGUCGCCGCGCAUCCCCCUCGCCUCGUCAUGUACAGCUCCUACUCCGCCGCUGCUCUCGCCCUGCGGACUGCGAAGCCGUCCUACAAUUCCCAUUCCUCUUACCUCCCUUCGCACCACUGCCAGCGUUACGACGGUGACGGCGGUCAGCGCGAGCUCCUCCCGCUGAACGCUCACCUUUCCCCCCGCUUUCUGCUCGAUGGGUGCCUUCUCCGCCACUCCACUCACCUCAUGCUCCUCUCCUCCCGGAUCCGACCUCCGCCCCCACCGCAUCCGCCCCACUGCUUCCGCCAGCGUGCGGCUGCCCGCUGCUGCUGCAGCGGCGGAUGCCGCAAUGGAAGAUCGGGCUUUGAGAAUGUUUAUUGGCGACCGGAGGCGCGCGGGCAUCGAUGUUGCGGGCAGGGCACUGGAAGCUCGGAUCUUGGAAUGGUUCGCGGGCAACUGAAGGCGCGGGGAUGCGGUUGCGGCAGCUCUGGAAUUGGCAGGCUGGGUCUGGGAACUAGUUGUGGACAUCGAGAUACACCGAGGUUGCUUGGCAGGGCGGUUCGGCAGGAGGUGUGGGAGUACGACGGUGGCGAAUGGCCGCGCAGAGGGUGUUCGAUGGAAUGCCGCUGUGAUUGGGAAGAGGAGGAAGAAGGGGAUGAAUGUGGUAUUGCUCAGAGGGAGGUACCAGGUAGGUCACUCUUAAGGAGGAGGUGGAAAGAAGAAGAAGAAGGCGGUGAUAGAUGUAGAGAUUGCAGCAGGAGGAAGGGUGUAGAAAUUGAUUACUGUGAUGAAGGUGAAUACAAUGGCCACAGGAGGGAAAGGAGGGACGUGAAUGGUGUACAUGGUAGGUUUCUGGAUUCUGAUUGGAGGAGGUUGGAGCAGAGGGGCUACUGUGACGAGGAGGAUGAUCUUCAUAUGAGACGAAGAAGGGAGAUGAUAGGGAGAGAAAGGAGAGAUUUUGAACUUGAUGAUGCAUUUGACAUGAAGAGAGUUGGCGCUAGAAGAUACAGUGAGAAUGACAGGAAAUAUGAUUGGCGAAGAGAAAGGAGGGACUCUGAAUGUGAGGAUGUGUUUGAUGCCGGAAGAGUCAGAGCUGGCAGGUACACUGAUGAUGGCCGGAGAUUUGAUCGGAGAAGAGAGAGGAGGGAUUUUGAAAUUGACAGUGACGAUGAUGUGAGGAUAGAAAGGAGGCACCAUAGAAACAACGAUGUAAGAUAUGUUAUGCAAAACCCAAGGAGGAAGGAGGAUAGGGCGGAGGUUGUUUCACUCUCGGAGUCACACCGUUGGCAUGAUAACGAGUGUGAUAAUGAUGAUCAAGGCAUUGCUGGACAUAAGCACUAUUCGGGUAGAUUUCUGAGGUCUUCAUCUGCAUUGCAUAAGGAUGAUUCACAGAGGGCUUCAAGUUCAAGGAACACUGUUGGUACAAGACUUGCAAGGGAGGAUUCAGCCUCGAGGGUGCGUUGGCAUGAUAAUGUAGACAGACGAGCUGUGCAGACAUUGCAAGAGAGAGACCGACACUAUUCUUCCUCGGUUGGUCCGUCAAAUGAUGAGUAUGAUUGUGAUGAUGCACAGCUUAUCAGGGUUAGAGAUUCCAGGACGGGAACACAAGAUGUGAAGGUUAUAACUGAGGAUGAUACACGCUUGAUUUCCAGUUCAAAGAAUACUUCAACUUUGAUGCAUGGUAGCAAUUUAGAUCAGCAAAUAGCAGCUCGGAAGGAUGAAUCAAAGAAAAUCUCACAGAGAAUAAUGGAGACAUCAGAAGUCAGAGGUCACAACACUGAACAAGAUUCCGCAACACGGAGCUAUAACCAGGAAGAUAGAAGAAACUGCAUUGGUAAUAAGUCAUCUUCUCUUCAAAGUUCUGUAAAGAUGACUAGUGACAGUAGAAGACAAAGUAACCAGCAUGAUGAGGUUGAUCAGUCGGUGGUUGCACUCACUGAAUUGAGGAGAAACUCAGAAAAGCUCACAGAUAUAAAGAUGGAUAGUGGUCACAAUGUUAGCAGGGCCUCUCACUCACAGAGAAAUUAUGAGGAAGUUAACCAGAUGGAUCUCGAUGACAGAUCUACUUCCAUAGAGAAUGUAACUCAUAUUACAAGAGACAGGAAGAGGUAUGUUAACCAGCAAGUGAUACAUGAAACAGACAUAGAUGUGCAGAAUGUUUCACAUCUUGAUGUUUCCAAGGUUCGUGCUAGUGAUAUUCAUGUGUCUAGGACUUCACAAAAUCAAUCUGAAACUAGAUCAGAUGUAAACUCUAUUUCCAACGUGAGUAUCAUUGACCGGGCAAGGGGCCAGCAAGAACAAAUACAUCAAAACAAGAUCAUCAUUAGUGAUUGCCCAACUGUCCGGGGUUCACAGAGUUAUCUUGGCAGUGGAGUAUAUGGUCAAGUUCACUUGACUUCGGUUGUUGACAGCACAAAAGAAAUUCAAGAACAAGUGGAAAAUACUAAUGCCCGUACUAACAAUGCUGCUAUGCCAAGUACUUCAGAAAGCCAUAUACUAACAAGAGCAGAUGGUCAAUUUCAGCCAUCCUCAUCUGUAAAUACUGUUGGUAGUGUGGAGCAACAAAUUGAUCUUACUAAGAUCCACGAUAGUGACACUGUAUUUGUUAGCAACUCAUAUAACAGAAGCGACCAUGAAGCUUGUAGGACAAAACCUGUCAAUCUUGUUGAUAAGGCAAGGGAUAGCCAUGACAAAAAUGAUCGGCAAAUUAGAGGAGGUUCUAGUACAGAAAGAAGUGAUCAAUCAAGAACCAUUUCUGAAUCCUUUCAGGACUCUAACGAAAGACUUACAAUAGUAGAAGAGACCGGGAGAUUAAUGCAGCAUAACAUUGCUUUGAACUCACAGCAGGCAGGCACCAGCAGAAUUUCUGAUGAUAAAGAUACUACUAGUUUGGAGAUGGAGAGUAGUGAAGAGGCAUCUAUCUUCAAUCCAGAUAUCAAACAACAAGCGAUAAUACAUGGAGGGAGUGAAACUACUGCAGGACAAAGUAUGCUAGGUGUUUCAUCUGCCAGAAAGUCUGUCAAUGAAAGCUUGUUAGAAUCAGCUGCUCGAUUAGAAAAAUCAUCUACAUUUCAUGUAGGGCAAUUUGUUGGUGAGCUCCAAAGAGGCGUCUCAGAUGCAGAUACUACUUUAACAAAGAAAAAUGAGAAGUCCAUAAUGGAAGGUACAACGAGAUCUUCAUCCAGAUCCAGAAUGAAGGGACCAUCAGAUGAGAUUUGGGAUGUUCAAAGUGCUACGUCUCAAGAGACCUUUAAGACAGCCGAUAAGGAGGAAGGUUCCUCAGCUGAUGGAGGUACCAACUCAGCCUCUCAGACACCCAAAAGUGAGUCUGUUAUUGCUAAAAGAGUUCAUAGGUCACUCUGGGCUUAUGUUGCAGACAUAGUCCGUCUUGGCUGGGUUCAACGAGGUGAAUCUCAUGAUCCUAGCAACAAAUCAUUUAAUAAAAGUUCAUCCAGUAAUUCUCAAAGUACUGAGGGCUGGCUGUCAAGCCAGGGGCAUGACAAUGACAGAAUUCAGAAGAGAAAUUGGGGUACCAAACCAAAAGAUCAUCUGAUGAAGUCACAAAGCGGAGAAUCAGAAUCUAGGCUAGCAUCAGCGCUAAAGGAUGAAAACUUGCCUACAGGCACACAAGGUUUGCAAAUAUCAGAAGCUGGUCAUGUACCUGAAGUAGGUAGUUCGAAAGGAGAUUUUGUACCCAGAAUUUCCAACGAUGCUGUGCAGAUUUCAGGGGAGAGGGUAAAAGCAAAACAAUCUGAAGUGGGUGCAUCACCCAAAGGAAAUAUCAAAGGAGGCUUGGCUGAGGCUAGCACAUCAACUUCGGUAGAUGUCACAGUAGGACAUUUACCUGAACAUGAAGCUGCUACUUCAUCCAGUAUCACAACCAAGCGUUCCACCGAAAUUAAUGCGGGGAAAGGAAUAUUAGGCGGCACAUCUUCGAUCAUCAACGUGGAGGAAGUUGGUCAGAAUGAAGAUGCAGAUAACUGGAGAUACGGACCUUCAGCUGCUAUAACUCCUUACCAUCAUCCUCAAACACAAGCAAUGGUGCCGCAUGAUAAUGCGUCAUACGCUUUCCAAGAAUCAGCGGAAUUGCCUACUGGUGGUUUCACGAGGAUGGAAGAGAAGAUUGUUGUACAGCAGGCCCCUGAAGUUAUCAGAACAGAAGGAAAAGAUGCUGAAUUGAAGAGGAGGAAGAUUCAGCGAAAUAAGCAGGUAUUGAAGGAGACAUUUGAUGAAUGGGAGGAAGCAUACCAGCACGACGCUAAACAGAGAAAGACUGAUGAAUUAUUCAUGAGGGAGGCUUUACUUGAAGCUCAGAGGGCUGCAGAUAUAUGGGAGGUGCCAGUUGGAGCAGUGCUAGUACAUAACGGAGAAAUUAUUGCUCGUGGUUGUAAUCUAGUUGAAGAUCUCAGGGAUUCAACUGCACAUGCCGAAAUUUGUUGUAUAAGAGAAGCUUCUAACAAACUUAAGACAUGGCGCCUAGCGGAAACAACACUUUAUGUGACAUUGGAACCUUGUGCCAUGUGCGCUGGUGCAAUUCUCCAAGCUAGAGUUGAUACUGUUGUAUGGGGUGCACCGAACAAGCUUCUUGGAGCCGAUGGCAGCUGGGUUAGGCUUUUCCCUGGUGAUGGGCAAGCAAGCACAUUGGAUCCAACAAACCAGAACCAAACGGCAGGACCUGUCCACCCUUUCCAUCCAAAGAUAAUCGUAAGGCGAGGUGUCCUCUCCGCGGAGUGCUCAGAGAUAAUGCAACAGUUCUUCCAGCUGAGGAGGAAAAAGAAGCAGAGGUCGGAGUCGCCGCCUCGUCCGCGCCACUCGGGGCACCACCACCAUCCUAUCAAGUUCUUCACCAAGAUGCAUCACAUGUUCGGCACAGUUUUCUGUUUGUAGCAGCAUCCUUCCCACUUUCCCCAAUAGUAAGUAGACUCCGCUUUCACAUUUAAUCUUGUCUUUUUGGGGGGAUUUUAUGGCGUGACAUCCUUUAUUUCCCGUUCUGGAGGUAAAAGUAAUGUGCCAUUUUGUGAAGUGUUCUUUUCCUGUAAUGUAAAGGCUUUUUAGAUGUAAUACUGAAGAUGACUUUUCCAGUGGGUUAUCGAUCUCCUAUAUCGUUUCUACAGAACCUGCAGAUAAUUGAUUUCGGAGAAAAGAAGUGAUGGAUUGAACUUGCCUA